GAGAUGUAAUUGUAUUUAAGGGCUGGUUUUGCUUUCCCCUCCACAGUUGAUCAUCACUUCUAUGCAGAAAGUCCAAAACUACAAGCUGACACGGAGAGGAACAGAAGUUAACUCUGCAGCAGAAAAUCAUCUGCACCAUGAAGAUGCUGACUGUGUCUUUCUUCAUUCGCGUCAUGAUGGCUCUGACCCCAACUGCUGACUGCUGGUCACUUUUCACAACAACCACAGCAGCACCUUCGACAGACCAUUAUCCUUCUUUUUCUUGCCCUGAUGGAUGGACUAUGAGUAUUUCCACCACUCAUUGUCUCCUCUAUGUUCCAACAAAAAUGACCUGGUCUGAAGCUGAGGGAAACUGUGGGAGACUUUCACAUUCCUGGCUGGCAAACCUUGCAUCCGUGUAUGACUCUCAGGCCGCCUAUGACAUUCGUGAUGUGCUUAAGAGUGCCGGUCAUGAGCAUGGAAAAGUAUGGGUUGGAGGCCGUAAGACAGCACAGAAUCCAUCCUGGUCCUGGACUGAUAUUUUGGGUUUCGAUCAGUUUUAUGACUUCUGUUCUGUAGACCACAAACAUCACUGUCUGCAGAUUACCUUUGAAGAAAAAGAGGCGGGAUGCCUGGAUGACAUGGACUGUGAGACUAAGCUCCCAUCUCUCUGUGCCAUCAGCCCCUUGUGAUUCCUUAGCUGAAACA